UCCCAAUCAAACACUCUCUCUCUCUCUCUCUCUCUCCGCCCAAAGUCUCAAAACAAUGGUCUCUCUAUUCACGGAGAAAAUCUGACAUUCCUUCUCUGCUGGAAAAGUCCUCUCUUUCUUUCAGUUUCCAUGCCAUUUUCCAUUCAGUCACGCAUAUUUUACAGAGUCAGAACUUGUGCGGGCUAUUAGCAACGCUCCAGUGCACGUUUAUUUGCUUAGAUUUUAAGCUCCGGAAGUAGUUUUCUUGUGAUUCCCAGCUUUUAAUCCCUGCCUUUCACCAGAUCUUCUUCUAUUGGAGUUCCCCGGAAGAGCUCUUCCUUUUCUACUUCAGGUCUUAUCUUCCUGCCCAGUGGGUCUUGUCUAGUGGCCUCCCUCCUGGGUACCGGAAAACCAUUCAUCAAACUUGUCUAGCGUAUAUAAAAUUUAGAAGAUCAUAAGUAAAAUGGGAGGCAUCGGACGCAGUGCAAUUCUGAGAAAACCUAAUGAGUCUAUGAGGCUUAUCAUCACGACAUUUAUUGGAGUUGUUUUUGGCUUCUUGAUAGGAGCAUCAUGUCCAACCCUUUCAUUGUCAAAGCUGAAUCUCCCAUCCAGUCUUCUUCCUUCCAUUGAUCUGUCUUACAUUGAGGACAAGAAUUCAGGCCUCUCAACGCAAACACUUUUGAAUGCUUUGUCUGCUUUGAGGGGUAGCAGAAAUGCCUCAAUUGAAGCUCAAAAGGGGAAUGCUACAUCGAAGAUUUGGGUCCCAUCUAAUCCACGAGGUGCAGAAAGGUUACCCCCCACCAUUGUUGCAGCUGAGUCUGACUUCUAUCUCCGCAGACUGUGGGGUAAGCCCAGUGAGGACCUAACCAUCAAACAAAAGUACCUAGUAACAUUUACGGUUGGUUAUGAUCAGAAACAAAACAUUGAUGCAGCAGUUAAAAAGUUUUCAGAGAACUUUACCAUCCUUCUGUUUCAUUAUGAUGGUCGGACAACUGAAUGGGAUGAGUUUGAGUGGUCAAAACGAGCUAUCCAUGUCAGUGCCCGAAAACAAACAAAAUGGUGGUAUGCCAAACGGUUCCUGCAUCCUGAUAUUGUGGCGUCCUAUGAUUACAUAUUUAUUUGGGAUGAAGACCUUGGAGUUGAGCACUUUAAUGCUGAAGAAUACAUAAAGCUUGUGCGGAAGCAUGGCUUGGAGAUUUCCCAACCUGGCUUGGAACCUAAUAAAGGGUUGACAUGGCAGAUGACAAAGCGGAGGGGUAAUAGUGAAGUUCACAAAGAAACAGAGGAGAGGCCUGGCUGGUGCUCUGACCCACAUCUGCCUCCUUGUGCAGCAUUUGUUGAGAUCAUGGCUCCUGUGUUCUCCCGGAAUGCAUGGCGCUGCGUGUGGCAUUUGAUUCAGAAUGACUUGGUCCAUGGAUGGGGUCUGGAUUUUGCCCUCCGGAAAUGUGUUGAGCCUGCUCAUGAGAAAAUUGGAGUGGUAGAUGCUCAGUGGAUUGUUCAUCAAACUGUUCCUUCACUGGGGAACCAGGGUCAAGCAGAGAAUGGGAAGGCGCCUUGGCAUGGGGUGAGGGAUAGGUGUAGAAAGGAGUGGACCAUGUUCCAAGCUCGGGUGUCCAAUGCAGAAAAAGCUUAUUACAGGUCCAUCGGAAUUGAUCCACCAAAUUCAACAGCUCGCUAGGGUACGAUGUUCACAGUAGUCGACCCUACACAAUUACCACCCUUACAGUAACUAGGAAAUCAGUGCUAGAUUUGUAUAGUCCCAGUUACUAGUACUAUAGAAAAUAAUAAUAAUAAUAAUAAUAAUAAGAAGAAGAAGAAGAAGAAGAAGAAGAAGAAGAAGUUGCCAUUUCUCAGGCAGCAUUAGAAGCAGCCCGCUCUUACAUUGUUGAGAGGAUUUGUUGCAAAUUAGAUCAGCAAAAGUGUUUUAUUUUAUUCUUAAUAGAAUGAAGUAGAACUUUCUGUUGACCUGAGUUCAAUUUUUAGUUCACAUAUAAUUGGUAA